AUGGACUUUUCCAACACUAACAACCAAAAUCACAUGGAUUUUCACAGACCCUCGUCGACGCUAUCCAGCAACGACCGGAAACCCAACGCCUUCUCUUUCGACGACCAACAGACACUGGACGCCGGCAUCCUCGACACACCCACCUUGAUGUCGCCAACCACCUCCACCCAGGGCAUCUUCUCGCCCGAUGGCUCCAUCUGGGAGGAUUUCUCACAGAACCAGUUUGUCGACCGCACUGCCACAAGUUCGGUUGUUAACUCAAACGUCAACAACCCCUUCUUCACCGAGCAGAGCAACAACCCCUUCGCUCGUCUUCCUCCUAACCAAGCUGCAACCUACGGCCAGCAGUCGUGGCCUAUGGACAACUCUGGCAUCCGCACCCCGACAGCACCCAAGCCUUCAAAUCCCUUUGGUCCUGGUGACUUUGGUGUCCAGUCAGCCUUCGUUCCUGAGCCCCAGCAGCAGAUGUUCCAUGGACUCCCCGUGCACGCAAAUGUCAGACCCAGCACUGUCUUUUCCAACGCUGCUGCUGAGCAGCCCAUGUCGCCGCACACCCACGCGGACUGGAUGGCCUUCAACCAGAAUGAGAUGGACUCACGGCCCGGGCCCAAGCGCAUGAGGCCCAACACGCCUCCUCCCCGCGGUUUCUCUCCUCGUCGCGACGGUGGUAUCAGGAAGAAGAACGCCCGCUUCGACAUCCCCGCCGAACGCAACUUGUUCAACAUCGAUCAGCUCAUCUCUAGCUGCACCAACGAGGACGAGAUGAAAGAGCUCAAGCAACAGAAACGACUUCUCCGCAACAGACAGGCCGCGUACGUACCUCUCUUUGGAAUUCGGUUCAGCGUUCCUCGCUUGGCCCAAUCCAUGAUUUGUCUUGACUCUCGACAACGCAAGAAGAAGCACACUGAAGAGCUCGAGGAAGAAAAGAAGGGUUGGAUCGAGAAGAUGUGCGGCAUGCAAGAAGAGUUUGCUGCCAUGCGUGUUGAGUACGACCAGCUCGUUGUUGAGAAGGAGAACUGGCAUCGCGAGUCUAUGGACAUGCAUCACAUGAUCAACCAGUUGCAGUUCGACAAGGAAGAGCUCGUCCGCAGCCACACCCUUGAGACCGGUGAGCUUCGUAAGAAGGUCGCCGUUCUUACCGAGCGUCUCGAGAACAGCCCUGGCAACAUGACCGUCGCACCCAGCACCACCUUCACCGACUUCGCUUCCGAGAUGGACAACCUUCACAUGGGCGGCAACGAGUGGGACAACUACAUCUUCGUCAACGACUUCGCCUCCGAUGAGCAGACUCCUCAGGAACAGCCCAUGGCCAUCGUGACCCGUGUCAAGGAAGAGAAGGAGCCUGUCGCAUCUGGUCUUCUGCUCAUGCUGCUGCUGUGUGGUGCUUUCGUCGCAAGCAAGUCUGGCUCCGGCGCCGCACCGCCUAUGCCUCGCAUGCCUGACGAGGAUGCUGGUGUCUCUUCUGCUUUCACCGAGCAGGGUCUUAUUGCCAACACCGUCACUGGUUUGGAGCCCACUCCAUCCGGCAUGGCUUGGCCCAAGGCUACCAUGUCCGGUUCUGACCACACCGGCAUCUCUGGUUCUCGUCUCGAUCAACUGCACUCUCAGCUCGCUGCUCCCACCAAGGAGCAGGAGAACGAGCAGCUCUUCUCCAUCACACCCGCCCAGUACAGCAGCAUGACUUCCCUCGACUUCACCCGCCCUCGCUACAGCAUCGGCAGCGACGACCUCAGUGACCCGCUUUCGCCCUCUCAGCCAUCGCACCGCCGCAACCUCGCCGCCACCCUUGCCGCUAUGCGCGAGCAGAACAAGGGCGAGUCCGCUGCCGAGGUCUACACUCGCAGCUUGCUCUGGGACAAGAUCUCACCCGAGGUCGUCCACGAGUUCAAGCGCAUCGUCGAGGAGUCCACCGCCAUGUCAAGGCCUAGCACCUCCGACGGCUUCAAGGCCGAG